GUCGAAAAGGCUUGGCUUCUCUGGUCACACCAAUUGGAAACAAACAAAACAAAAAAAUCUUAAAAUCAAGACAGACGAAAAUUAAAUAUAUUUUUAAAGAAAAAUGUCUCGAAGCCUAGUGCUCACCGAUGAGCAAAGUCGUCUUAAUGCCCGCUUGGAGGCUCACAUGGUCUACAUAUGUCCAGAAUGUGGAAAAGCGUUUCGUACCCAAGUCGAAUGGCGUACGCAUUUAAAUACGAAACAUGAUUACUUGAAAAAGACCUAUGUGGACUUCAAUUUCACCCAAAUAGAUGAUCGUUUCCAUGAGUGCCAAAUCUGCUUUAAAUGGGUGGAGAAUGCCCAUAAAACAAUUGCCAUGCUACAAUAUCAUUACUUUAUGCAUUUAGUUCACAGCAAGACAUAUCGGUGUGUUCACUGCCGCAUGGCCUAUACCAGGAGAAGAGCUCUGAAUGCCCAUUUGUUGGAAACACAUAUCCGGGAGAUUGAGAAAUAUGAAGCUAAGCUCAGGCAAAUGAAAAGAAAUGAAGAGCAAAAGGCUUUAGAAGCAGCUGCGGCUAAGCCAACAAAGAUAUCAAAUAGGCCACUUGGUCGACCACCAAAAAAACCUGGAACAGUACGCAAACGUAAAGAUUUGCUGGCAAAAGCACUGAUGGACAUUGAUCUCCAGGCCGAAGACUAUAAAGCUACGAACACAGGCACGAGCAAUAUAACUGAAAUUUCACAUACCAAAGCAUCGAACGCCAGUGAACAAAAUUUGGAUCGAUGCCUAAAUGCCUAUGAGGAUAUACUCCGAAAAGAAGAAGAACAAGCUGAUUUGGAUGCCUUGUGUGAGGAAUUCUUUGUGGAGAAAGUCGAUGAUGAGCAAGAACUUCCACGUAAGACACCAGAGCCAAAAGCCAAUAGGUCGCAAGAAGUAGUAAUUAUUGAGAUUGAUGCUCUAGGCAAAGAAGAAGUGGAUCAAUUGCAAAAAGAGCUUAAGCCUGGUGGAAGCCGCAGUCCGCCCAGCAAACGUCGCCGUUUAUCCGAAUCGGAGGAGCUUAAUACUCAGGAACUAACAAAACUCGUUUCCUAUUUGUGUCCCAAAUGCGGUAAAGAAAUUUCGUCAAUGGACGCUUGGCGAACUCAUGUUUUCGAGAAGCAUGACUUCGAACAUUUCAUUGAGAAUAACUUUAAAAUAAUUGAACCGGGCUAUAAGAGCAUGUGUCUGCAAUGUCGCGAAAUUCAGACGACCACAAAACGAUCGGAACUGCAAAAACAUUGUUUUAAGCAUCUACCAUAUCGAUCCUACUUAAAGUGUUCUCUAUGUGAUCGUACCAAGACCAGUAUGUCCAAAAUGUAUAAUCAUAUACGUUACAAUCAUCAGGAGGAGCUUCAACGCAAGAAUAAGACACAAUUGAUUGUUAAACCGGAGCCCAGGUGGAACAUUAGCCCAAAACAUCGACAACAAACUUCAGCAGAAAGUCUAAGCCCAGAAAGCCCCCUACACGAUGGUGAUGAGCAUUUAGUUUGCGAAUACUGCAAUAAGAUCUUUAAAACCUAUUGGCGCCACAAGCGCCAUGAAGCCACUUGCAUCAAGGCCGGAGUUCUGCAGCCAGAGUCCCCGUUCGAUUCAGGAGCUGAUGCCAUAAUGAAGCACUUGCGUGAGGGUUGCUUACGUAUGAGUAACAUCUGCCGGAGCAUGCAGGAUACUUAAGUUUAUAUGUUACUCAAAUAAUAAUAGGUUAUAAUACUAAACAUAAAUGAUAGCACUCAUUUGUACAAAACAAA